UUGUGUGGGCAGAGUAAAGCUGAGAUCGAAAGAAGCACCUUUGUUGUUUUUUCUGGCACGACGGUUCAGCUGCAUCAGCCUCAUAUCACUCAUUUAUGAGAAGAUGAUUAUUUCCAUGCACUGCAGUCUACGUGACGGUUCUGUUUCCAUCAAAAAGAUGUCAACACACCGUGUGACUUUAGUUGUGCUAUUGGCCUGUCUGACCAUCUUGGGCAUUCUGCUUGCUGUCGCUGUAUUGGAGAGACCCCAAUCCCCCCAAAGUAAAAAAAUUCUUCCUCUGGACAUCGAUGGUGAUGAUAUUUCUGUUGACCAUUGCAGUAUGGCUCUGGUUGAAAGCAUUCCUCAACACGUGCAAUACAAAGCCAAUGUAACAUUCGGGAUCCCUUUGGAAAAAGCUUGGAAAGAUCUUCUCUCCAUGGCAACGCAGGAGUUAGAAGUGGUGUCCUUUUACUGGACGUUGACUGGGGAGGACAUCAAUGUCAACUCUUCCUCUGAUAUAACUGGGCGGGAAAUCUUGGAGCAGCUUCAGUCGCUUCCCUCCAGGAACAUCUCAGUCCGAGUAGUGACCAGCCUUCCUUCCCUGAGGACAAACUCCACCGAUUUAAAGAUCUUAAAACAGAACGGAGUGCACGUGCGUAAUGUUGACUUUGGGCGUCUGACAAAUGGUGUCCUGCACAGCAAAUUCUGGAUCGUGGACCAAAAGCAUAUGUUUGUAGGCAGUGCUAACAUGGACUGGAGGGCUCUGACACAGGUGAAAGAACUGGGCGUGGUCAUUUACAACUGCUCAAGUCUUGCAAGAGACCUCCAUAAGAUCUUCCUGUCUUACUGGGUGAUGGCACAUUCCAACAGCUCUUUGCCACACUCCUGGCCUUCUUCCUUAGACACUCACAUCAAUAAAGAGCGACCCCUUCUGGUGAAUGAUGGAAAUAUCACCAGCAGAAUCUACCUUGCAGGUUCUCCACCAUCAUUCUGUCCUGCAUCACGGACUCAGGACCUGGAGGCCAUCAUCUCCAUCAUCUCUGAAGCGCAUAAUUCUAUUGACGUGGCUGUCAUGGAGUAUCUCCCCAUAGCACACCCACAUAGAUAUUGGCCCGAUAUUGACACCGCCCUCAGGAGAGCUGCGUUUGAGAGGAAGGUGAAGAUCCGGAUGCUUAUCAGCUGCAGGCAUAGCUCCUUAACCUUAAUGCUGCCUUUCCUUCAGUCCCUCGCUGCCCUGGACAGAAUCCAAAUUAAGUUGUUCAUUUUACCCAUGGUAAACCAGACAAACAUUCCCUUCAGUCGAGUCAACCAUAAUAAAUACUUGGUGACUGAAAAAGUGGCCUACAUCGGUACAUCUAACUGGUCAGGGGACUACUUUUUAAACACAGCUGGAGUGGGUCUGGUGAUUUCCCAGCAUGCUCCUUAUCCUUUAUGGAAGACCAAAACUGUGCAGGGCCACCUCAUGGCGGUGUUCAACAGAGACUGGGACUCUCAGUUUGCAGUGAACCUUACUGAUCUGGGCCACCACCCAGAAUGUUUUUUGUCAACAUGAUGAUGAGCAAAGCUUUUUCUACAUCCAUGCAUUUAUUCACAACCAUGAUGUUAUUUUCAUCUGUAUAGCCACAAUUGUAUUUUAUUUUGGUCCAUUUGAGCAGGACACAAACUGCACAGUCGUCCCUUGUUUAUCGCUGUUAAGUGGAGGACCAAGAUAUGACUGUGAUUAAAUAAAUGUACCCUUAAUACGAAUCAUUAAUUAAAUAUGUAUUCCGAUA